UUCAUUACUCUUCUAGGAAGUUUCGAGAACGGUUCCGAACCGUAAUAUUGGUGGGAGAGCUACGCGUUACCACAGUUUCUUUAAAUCUAUUGCACAGUCGGAGAGGACGUGUUGCACUGCGAGUACGUUUCUACGAACGACUUUUCUGCUGACACAGCAGGAACAGUUGUGUAAUAUUUCACACUUAUUGGUCAUUAUAUCGAAGAACUUUAUUCAAUCAAAAUGGUGAAGGAGACUACCUUUUAUGAUGUCUUGGGCGUGAAGCCCGAUUGUUCGCCAGAAGAUCUAAAGAAAGCUUACAGAAAACUUGCACUCAAAUAUCAUCCUGAUAAAAAUCCUAAUGAAGGAGAAAGGUUUAAACAAAUCUCUCAAGCCUAUGAAGUUUUAUCUAAUCCAGAGAAGAAACGCAUUUAUGAUCAAGGUGGUGAACAAGCCUUGAAAGAAGGUGGAAUGGGAGGAAAUGGUUUCUCAUCUCCUAUGGAUAUCUUCGAUAUGUUCUUUGGUGGAGCCUUUGGUGGGAGAAGUGGUAGAAGGAGGGAACGAAAAGGUCAAGAUGUCAUACAUCAGCUCUCUGUAUCGUUGGAAGAGCUUUAUAAUGGGACUGUCCGUAAACUAGCAUUACAGAAAAAUGUCAUUUGUGAUAAGUGUGAAGGUAUCGGGGGUAAAAAAGGUUCUGUAGAACAAUGCACAUCGUGCCAUGGAAGUGGCAUGCAGGUACAGAUACAACAGUUAGGCCCAGGAAUGUUACAACAUAUGCAAACAAUGUGCUCUGAGUGCAAAGGUCAGGGUGAACGCAUUAAUCCGCGUGAUCGUUGUAAGCAAUGUUGCGGAAGAAAAACUAUAAGAGAUAGGAAAAUUUUGGAGGUACAUGUUGACCCAGGUAUGAUGGAUGGACAGAAAAUAGUUUUCAGUGGAGAAGGUGACCAAGAGCCUGAAUUAGAAGCGGGCGAUAUCGUUAUUCUUUUGGAAGAAAAAGAACACGAGGUGUUCAAACGAUCGCGAAAUGAUUUAAUAAUGCGAAUGCACAUAGAAUUAGUGGAAGCACUUUGUGGUUUCCAAAAAGUUAUUCGUUCCUUGGAUGGUAGAGAUUUGGUUAUCACCUCUCUUCCUGGUACGGUAACGAAGCAUGGUGACGUUAAAUGUAUCCUAAAUGAGGGUAUGCCAAUUCACAAGGAUCCAUUCACGCAUGGCAAACUUAUCAUUCAAUUUGUUGUGAAUUUCCCUAAAUCUAUUAAUCCAACUGUAAUUCCAACUCUCGAACAAUGUUUACCUAUGAGAGAGGAAGUAUUAAUUCCGGAUGGAGCCGAGGAGGUUAUCCUUACCGAUUUGGACCCUGAACAGGAACACAGGCGGAGAGAUCAACGACCAGCGUAUGAAGAAGAUCAGGGAGGUCCAUCACGGGUCCAAUGUGCCACGCAUUAAAUUUAGUUAUUCAGAUCUUAAUAAACAUGGCCACUUUCUCAUUUCAAACUAUUGUCCCAUUCGUUCGAUUCUAAGUCAUACAUAAUAAAAUGAAAAAGAAUAUACGAAUAGACGGAUAUUAAGAAUGAGAGUAUCCUUCGACCGCAGUGAAAAAGAAAAAUAGAACAAAAGAAAAAGGGGGAAAAAAAAAAGAAAAGAAAAGAAAGAACGUAAAAAUAAAAAAGUAUUUGAAUAUAAUCGAUAUUUGCGCAUGGCCGUAAGGAGAAUAACGUUUAUAAAACAACAAAUCAUGGGUUAAUAUGGGCGUGUCAUCGAGAUAUAUUCAAUGUUUUAUUUAUCCGUCAUCCCAUAAAUAUCAAGGCAUUGUACAUUUUCGUAAACAAUGCUAACUCGAAUCCGGUAGUAAUGCUUACUGUAGGUAAUCGCUAAUGAAGUAUACUUAUCACUGAAUGGUACGAUAAAAGAAAGUAAACAGUAAUGAUUUAAUAUAACAUCGCAUUAAAUUAGUCAUAAAUUAAUAAGUAACUUAUCGCAAAGUGUUGUAACAUUCAACUAAAAAACAAUCUUUGAAUCUUUUUUCUGCAAUCAGACAUUUAGUGGCUCUCAUUUAGAUAUCGGUAAACGUAAUAACAUUACGGCCGCGUGAUGUUGAUUACAUAAAUCAGGGAUGGGCAAUUUCUAUGCUGCGGGCCAUGUACUACGGUUCUCGCCAUUAAUCAACCGGUUCCCCUUCCCCCCAUUAUUUCAAUUCAUUUAUCCACCACUUUAUACUUAAAAACUAUACAGUUUUAUAGGGUACGAUGAUAUGAUUAAAUAUUUGGGGAUCGUUUUUCUUUUCGAUAUUACUGGAACAAGGCAAGUAGGAUUUAGAGUCCUCAUGUGGACCAUUAUAUAAUUGUCCAAUCCUGAUAUAAGUAAUUUGUAUUGAAGUAUAUAAAAUCCGUACUCUUCGUUUAUUGUCAUUAAUUAUUUAAGAUUCAUGUCUGUCUCGGUACGAAAUAAUAAAGUGUCGUCAUAGCAAAGUUUAUCGCUAAAUGCGAUAACACAUUGAGAUGUGGCGUUAGAAAAUCACAGAAAACAGCUUACAGUAAUAAUAAUGGGACAUUAUUCCAUAUAAAUAGUAUUUCAAUUUAUGCGUCUUCGAGAAAGCUCGUGAUCUAAGAAGAAAGGUAAAUAAAAGGUUGCGGAGAGAGAGAGAGAGAGAGAGAGAAAAAAAAACAAUGAAUCACGUUCCUGUAUGUAUGGACAAAUGCGCGUAUCGUAAAACUUUAUUUGUGUAAUUUCGUGACAUUGUUUCUAAUAUCUUAUAUUUAUAAGAAUAAUCAAUACUUUGACACAGAAGACCCGAGAUGUUUCUUUUUUCGAUGGAUAUUAAAAUACAAUUGGUUUUAAAAGGCGUGUCAAGAUUUUUGACUCCUUGAUAUAUCAUAUUGUAAUUAUCUAAAUCUUUUAUUCACGUCUAUUAAGUUUAUAAAUAUAAUUAGAGAGAGAGAGAGUGAGAGAGAGAGAGAAAGAAAGAACAUGUGCGGAAAUGACUAGUAUAUAUUUGUAUAAUUUAAAAAUUGACGUGCGCGCUUUGUGUCACCAAUUUUAUUAUGGAGAGAAAUAAAAGUUGCAGACAAAUUUUUUUUUCUUUCGAUUAUUGUAUCGUAAUAUCGACGAUAUCGAACGAAAGGAAAAAAAAAGAAAAGAUAUAAAAAAUUGGUCGACUAUCUUUGUCCGAUCACGCAGAGAUUUUUGCAAUAUACAUUGUCAUUUCCACAAUAAACAUAAUCAAUGAAGCUAAGUCGUACCAUAUAUUGAAAUACAAUUUAAAUACAUUCGCGUAAAUUUAUAUGACACGUAAAAGUAUUUAUCACUUCACUGUCGUAUACUACAGUAAGCUAUAACUAUAAAGAUUUGCAAAUAAAUAGUCGCAUAUUUCUUGUAAUCUUAUUUAUUAUAGACAAAUUGGUGAUUAGUCAUUUUUUGAGGCAUCUGAAUAAAUUGGACGAAGCAUAACGUAUAAUAAGUAACAAA